CAUUCAUCUUCGUCUACCAGUCGUCCAAGGUAUUGAACUUGCUUCGGCCAGAAGAGCAAGCUUGGAUUCCGGAUCAAUCACGAGCUUUGUACUGGAUUCUGUACCUCAGUUAGAGGCUUUUAUCCACUGCUGUCAUACGACACGCGCGAUCACUGAAGCACACGUGCUUCUUCUACACCUAUAUUACUUUGAGGAACAUUUUGCCUGUAGUCUGCACGUGAAGAGCGAGCAAAUUGUUGUUGAUAUCAUCGCUGAAAGUUCAAAAGGGUCGAGGGGCUUGAUUGGCACAGCCAGUACUAUGGCAAGUGCUCAGGUGCUACUGGUGGCACUUUUGUUGAGUAUAUCUAUUUUCUAUGCCGAGGGAGGAGCCCUUCAAUACGGAUUUUACGGCACAUCAUGUCCCAGUGCAGAGGGGCUAGUGAACUCUGCAGUCACAGCUGCCAUAAAUGACAACAAGCGAACAGCAGCGGGACUCAUACGACUAUUGUUUCACGACUGCUUUGUAGAGGGAUGCGAUGCUUCGAUUCUGAUCGAUUCAACUGAUGGAAACACAGCUGAAAAGGAUGCCACUCCAAACCUCACCAUCCAGGGGUUUGAUGUUAUAGACUCUGCCAAGGCCAGCAUCGAAGCCGUAUGUCCCGGCAUUGUCUCCUGCGCCGACAUAGUUGCCCUUGCCGCCAGGGACAGUGUCAGACAGCUUGCAGGUAUAUCUUAUCAAGUGGAGACUGGUCGGAGGGAUGGAACGGUUUCACUAAGCUCAGCACUUUCUGACUUUCCAUCUCCUCUAAGCGACGCACAGACUCUCACCCAAAACUUCAACGCCAAAGGGCUGUCUCUGGAGCAGAUGGUUGUUCUUUCAGGAGCACAUUCCAUUGGCAAGGCUCAUUGUGGGGCAUUCAGCAACCGAUUGUACAACUUCGACAGUACUUCGAACACCGACCCAAGCCUAGACUCGUCGUAUGCAGCGAAUUUGAAGGCCAUGUGCCCAGAGUCUAAUACCAAUAACGAAACUGUGACCGACCUGGAUCUGAUCACGCCUACGACGUUGGACAGUCAGUACUACAGCAAUCUGAUCAACAACAGGGGUUUGCUGACUUCUGAUCAAACGCUCUACACAUCUUCCAGCACUCAGCAGCAGGUCAUCCUCAAUGCCAACUCCUACUGGUGGGAGGACCAAUUUUCGGACGCUAUGCAAGCCAUGGGUCGCAUCGGAGUGAAGACUGGCUCAGAUGGUCAGAUUCGCCAAUACUGCCGUGUAGUUAAAGCCUAACAUUCAAAAGCAAGCAGUCCCGCUCGUGUACAGAAUUGUUUUGGCCUGAUAUAAGGACCGACAGAUUUUAUCCUGUAUCCUCCACAAAGGGAGGUAACCCACAUCGGAGGAUUACCUAUUUGAUGGACUGAUUCUCUCCCCGUUCACAAGCUGAUGUGAAUCACAUGUCCCUCAUCAAGAUUCGAAGGAGACUAUUGCACUGCGAAAGUUACUCCAAAGCUGCCACUGCAGUUGUUUGCUAGCCUAAUCAUGAGGAUAAAGAUCCUCAGAGCUUUUCAGUGAUCAUUACUUCUUAUGUUUCUUUCAUAUUAAUAGUCAUUGUUUUGGGCCGAGAUUCUCAAAUCGGGCCCCUCUUCGAUUGACCCAGUCAGCUGAAGCUUGAAGAACGACAUGCACUGUACGAGCAUCAGCAGAUUGUGAUUCAUGCUCUUUGGAAUGUCAAGGAGUUGUGCAAUUCUGAGCAAAAGUGCGCUCUAUUUACUCCUGUAACGGUCGGGCUGUUCAACCAGCUCAUGAAGAAAUUAUAAUUGG